AUGUUUCAGCGACAGCAACUUCAAGAGCAGCUUUGCGCAGAAACCUCAAGAGACUCGAUAACCUUCAAAUUCAUACCGGCCAAGUCACCCAAUUUUGGCGGCUUGUGGGAAGCUGCGGUAAAAUCGGUGAAGGGCCAUAUGAAAAGGGUGAUUGGUUACAGGAUGCUGAAACCUGAUGAGAUGCACACCAUCGUAGCUCAAAUAGAGGCAUGCCUCAAUUCGAGACCUUUGACUCCGCUUAGCAACGACCCGAACGAUUUGGAAGCAUUAACUCCAGGUCAUUUCCUGGUGCAGCGUCCGCUCACUGCGAUGCCGGAACCUAGACUUCUGGAGCUACCGGAGAACAGACUCUCCAGGUGGCAGAUGAUGCAGCGGUUCAACCAAAUUAUCUGGAGACGAUGGUCAACUGACUAUCUGUCGAAUCUUCAGAGUCGCAACAAGUGGACAAAGCACCGGAACAACUUGAACGUUGGAACUAUGGUUCUAUUGAAAGAGGAUAAUAUUCCACCUCUCAAGUGGCGACUGGGACGCGUGACCGAGAUCCAUCCAGGGCAAGAUGAAAACGUGAGGGUUGUCACCGUUCGCACAAAGGAGGGUCAAUAUCGCCGGGCAAUCUCCAAAAUUUGUAUUCUGCCCAUCAGGGACAACCAGACCGAUGAACCAACACGCCAGCAAUAA